AUAUUAUCUAUGCACUUAUAAAAUGUGAAGAAGGUUUAAAAUGGAAGAGCAGAAGAAGCGCCGAAGAACUGAAGAGACCUGCUACGAUCGGAUAACCAACCUACCUGAAGCAGUCUUGCGCCACAUAAUCUCGUUCCUUCCCACUGAAGAUGCUAUGAAGACGAGCGUCUUGUCCAAGAGAUGGAGAUAUCUCUGGACCUGCAUCCCCGUCCUAGACUUUGAUGAGUACUUCUUCUCUGAUCAAAAAGCCCUAAUGGACUUCUACAUGGCAGUUGAACAACAGAAAAAGGCUCACUAUUAUGGUUUGUUAGAGGAACUCAGGAAUUUUGAUUACGAUUUGAGUCGGCUGUACAAACAGAAGAAGAUUUUUGUGGAUUUCGUUGACCGAGCACUGCUUCUUCAUGAGGGAAAAACCAUUCAAGAACUUCGUAUAACGUUCCGCCAUUUUUCAGCUAAAUUGUUGAAGGUUUUAACUUUGCAGUUUUGCGUGUUUAGACCAUUGGAUUACAAGAGUUUUCCCUCUAUGGAGAAGGUAGUUCUAACUCAAGUUAAGUUGCCCGACGCAUCAGUUCAGGAUUUAGUCUCCCAUAGCCCUUGCCUGAAAUUCCUAAGAUUAGAGAAGUGUUGCCUACCCACUGAUUUUGUUAUUUAUGUUCCGACAUCAAAUCUCCAGUGGUUGUAUGUGGAUUCGUGCUUAUGCUACAUGGAUGACGUUUACAUGAUAACCUUCUGUAAUUGUCAUGAAAAACAUGUUCUCUUGCUCAUGUGUCUACCUGGUUAUGCCGAUAAGAGAUGGAGUAGGUGGGCUACAACAAAGUUUGCCUUCUCCACUUAGCAAUCUGAAGCAUUUAACAGUGAACACAGGAUUGGACAAUUGUGGGGUCAUCAGUAUAGCAUGAAUUCAUGGACAGUGCUAUGCAUUUAGAUUUUUUUGAUUUGGAAGGAGAGAAGUUCUGGGAGUCACAGCCAUUGCCAUUCCAUUGUUUACUCCAUCAUCUCUGGAAAGUAGAUCUGUAUGGCUUUAAGGGACAAGACCAUGCAAUAGGGUUGGUGAAAUUUUUGCUCAAGAAUUCGAUGGUCUUGGAGGAAAUGGUUAUCAUUUACACGAAAUUGAAGUCGCCGUUGCCUGG